GACAUUAUUUACCCAGAAGAGGGAAGGAUUACAUAAGAGGCUGGGAGCCUAUAAAAGUGUCCUCACUUGGCACAGACAGGAACCAGGUUAGACUUUUGCAAAGGCAGCUGAAGCCUGUAGCUGCACAGAAAAAAAUAAAUCAGAGGAAGAGAGAACUUCUCUAGGAGAUAGAUACUAAGAUUACUUUGCAUACAACUGUUUCUCAUGUUUUCUUCUGAUACUAUUCCCAGCUGGACAGAAAGCACCUAAAUCUGCUUGGAUCAUGAGGAAGACAAAGCAUUCCUGGACAGCCUUUGUAGGAGGAGGCCACAAGAAGGGGGAGAAAAUGGCUGGGGAAAAUGCAAGAAUCUUGCCCAAGGCCACACAUGAGGAGAGAAAGAAGCAGGAAGCAAAGAGGAAAGGGAAAUUGAAAACCCUGGCAGCCAAAUUGCUGAAGACUGUGGUUGGUGGGAAGGAGAUGGUGGAGAUGGCUGAUGCUGAGGAUGUGGCGGGGAAUUUGCUGAAGAGGCCAACCAGUAGGAAAGGAGUGGAGAGAGGGACGCCUGCAGAGGAAACCAUCUGCAGAUUCAUUGAGCAAAGAAAAUUUUUGGAAGCUUGUGAUCAAAUUCAUAAUGUGGAACAUUCUGGAAAUGAUGGUAUGGGAAAGUCUGAAUCACUUUAUGCACUGCUGGCUGAACGAAUGUGGAUUGUAGUGGGAGAAGCACUCAGUGGAAGUGAUAGGAUGCUCCUGGAGCCUUUGCAGUCAGUGGGAGAAGCACUGAAGUGGGAGAAGCAGAAGGAAGCAGAGAGGCUUGGCAAUGGCCUAGAGACAGAGUGUGUUUCCACCUGGAGCCCAAACUUCUGGAGAAAAGAUCUGGAGGAAAAGCUAGUGCAGUACAUGACCGCCAAGAUUCCCCUGUUUGAUUCCUCUGCUAACACAGGGGAGACUGCACUAAAACAGCAUCUGAGUCACCUGGAAAUGACAUUUCUCCCCAACCUGGAGCAUGGAAGUGAUGUCUUCAAGGAAGCAGGAUUGCUCACCACCUAUGCCCGCUGCUGUCACGCCUCUUUGUGUUCUCACCUUGCCACACUUACUGACAGUAACUGUUUCAGCUUCAGCCAAAGUCUUUUAAUUCAUGAAUGGAGCAUUAAGAUGUACAAUAGAGGCAGCCAGGCAUGUGUGAGACCUGGGCACAGCCCCCAGCACAGCCUUUCCCUUGGUGCACAGUGCCUCGUGUGGAUUCCUUUGAAGACUGAAGAAAAGUUACUUGCAAUCACACGGAAGGAAGUAGGGAAAGCACUGAAAGAAGCCUUUGAUAUUGGGAAACCCCCUUGUGCAGAUGCUGCAGUCAUUGAGAUACUAACAGAGAAGACAGAGACUGCCAGGCGAGUCAGCGAGAGCCUGAGCGAGAAGGUGGAAGCUGAAUGCCUGGAAGAGUGGCUGAGGUUCCUGGAAAGCUAUGAAGAUGAAGUAAGAAGCUUUCUCCACCUUGAUGGCUGCCCACAGAUCUGCAGCAGUUUACGAAUCCUGGAGAAUUGCUGCCUUCUCAGAACUGUCUGGCAUAAGCUAACAUAUAUUUACAGUGUCAGCUCUGACCAGAAUUUUAAGGUAAAUGGAUUUCUACACAGGAUAGAAGAUGACACUAUGGAGCAUUUUCUGCAGACCAUCAGUUCUGAAGUCAAGGGAACAUUGAAGGACCACUUCAGAAAGUGUGAUAGUGGUUUUCACCACAUCCUUGAAUCCUUGAAGCAAAGCUUUUUGACCUUUGGGAAGAAAAAAACAGAUAUAUAUGAGGCUCUCGUCAAGGCUGCCAAUGCCAUCACUAUUACAGAAUACAUGCAGGCCCUCCUGACCACUCCCAGGAAACCAUCUGCUAUGCAGAGGAGGAGGAUUGUCAACAAGAUAGAAGAAGAUCAUAGGAUGAUGCAAACCAUCUUUAAAGAAUGCUUAGGUCCUGCAGCUGGUUCUCUCAAGGAUCCCAUAAAAGCAAUUUUAGAACUUAUUCAAACUUCUGAUCCUGAGGGGAUGAAAAUAGCACUUCUGCCCAUUCUAAAAGAAUUUCCUGACCUCAGGAAGGAACAUCUGAGUGCAGUGCUGGACAUCAAAGAUUCGCUCAGCCGAGAAGACAGAGCUGCUCUCUUGAGGGUAUUUCACGAUAAUUGCUGGGAAUCAGAAACAGAAGCAAACUUGCUUUUCGCAGAUAUAGAAGUAAAACCUGGGAAAUAUGGAUUCUGUGGCUGCCUCUGCUGUUAGCAAAGGUCUGCUGGGAGAAACAUGAGGCUUUGAUCCCCUGUGCCAGCAUCUCCAACCACAGCUCCUUGAAAGCUUCACAUACAGCUGGAUGUCAGCCAAGGAAGACAAAAUCCCUUCACUUUUUCAGGAAAACCAUGUGGCUCAAAUCCUAAUAUUGUAUGUAAAGUCCAGAAGGAAAAUGAAUAGGAUAUGGUAGAAAGACAUUUCUUCAAAAUCUCCUAGAGAAUGCCAUUCAGCUGAGUCCUGGUGGUUGUUCCCAGGAUGUGGGAAAUGUCCCUUCGCCUAAUUCCUCUCUGUUUCCAUCCCUCAUUCCGUGAAAUCUCUAAUGAAACCAUGCUGCACCACAUGGUCUCCCAGCAUUGCAACCUCCUGAGGGAUCCAAGACCUCUGUUAGGGAAUAUUCCCUGGCUGAUUGUGCUGCCAAUGCCUGCAGGUUUGGACACCUCAGUUUACCCAUCAAAGACUGACCUGCACCAGGAGGGUGCAGACAGAGCUGCCUCUUCCCUCUCUCAUGAAGCUGUGAUGAGGUGUGGGAUGGGAAACUCUUCCUGUAUUUUACAGCUGGCUCAGAAGCAUAGUCUUGCAUUAAUUUUUAUACCUCAGUUACUGGAAAUUUCCUCUUGGAGAGGGAGGGAAAAACCUCAUGGCAAGCAGGCAGUUAAAGGAGCUGUUUGUCCCAGCCUCCGGGCAAGGUCUCUGCUAGUUUUCAGAUGUAAAUAGGCAGUUCUGAAGGAAAAACACUGACUUUUCUUCCUGGUUAUCUAUGGACUGGUCACAGCCCCCAAGCUGGAUGUGAUUCAAGGCCUUCCUUUGCUAUUGUGUGAAUAUAGGCCAUUACUACUCCUCUCUGACUCCAUAACCAAGCAAAAAAUUCUACCUCAGAUGUGCCAGUGCUUUUAUGAGAAGCCAUUUCCCCCUCAAGUCUUAUUCCCUAAAAAGAAGAGGGAAAAUUUGUGCAUAACCUGUCAAUGUGUGUAGCAGCAGACAUGCCAUGCCCUGGUACCCUGAGAAAUGCAGACCCAGCUGGGCACUGCCACGUGCUGCAGUGCUGUGCCAUCACCCCAGGGACACAGAGCCCUGCAUGCAGAUGGGGUCCUGUGAGCUGGCAAGGAGUCAUGGCAGGUUUGUAAUUGUCAUUAGCUUUGUUCCUGGUGCAGCUAGGACCAAAGGAAUGCCAGCUGAGAGUGGAUGAGUGUCAGAGGAGACGGAAGAAACAGGUUGCUCCAUCUCCUGGGUGUCCUCUGUGUGCUUUCAAGGCACCAGGAGACCUUGGCACUGUUACACUUCAUCCCUCAUGUCACUGAAGGGCAGAGAGAGCAUCCCAUGGCCUGCAGGCCCUUCCUGACCACACAGCUGCUCAAAAGGCCAGUGUUACUGUUCCAAACACUUCAUUGCUGUUCAUUGUGACAGUGAGGCCUUCCCUGGGAUGUAGGAAGGCUGGGGAAUUUGGGGGAGCUGCAAUCUGCCUGGGUGGUCAUGGGUUGGACUGCAGGGCUGGAUGAGCACCUGCCCUCUGAAGGUUGCCAGCCCUGCCAGGCACUCUGGGCCAGUCACCCUCCCCUCCUGCUGAAUUGCACAUUUUUUCAAGGGUGGGAAGGGAUAUCAGACCUGGAUGACAGACCCUGUUGUGACAGCAGGGUCAGGGUCAGCCUCUGCCAAUGGGGACUUCAAGCAACAAGCCUUCCAGAGAAAAUAAAUAAAAUCCUCUCUGACAUUUCCAUCACUGUCGGGCUAAAAAUAAUCCUUCAGCAUGUGGACAGCUCUGGCCAUGCACACGUCGAUGUCUAUGUGUGUCUGUGCUGUUUGACAUCUGCAGCCAGACAAGGGUGUGUUCUGCUUGGAAUCAGCAGCUGGGAGCCCUGAGGGACACCAGCCUUGCCAUUCCUGUGUGCAGAUCAAUAAGGUUUUGUAGCAGCAAGUUUCUGCACCAUGUGUGAAGCAUCCACUCAUGGAGAGAUCAA